CAAAAAAGAGUGCAGUGAACAGUAGCCUACCCAACAAUACAGUCCAUUUACAUUAAAGGUGCAGUGUGUGAAAAUCAGUGGCCACAAGCGUUGUAUUAUAGUUUUGCAACGAAUCUCUGAGUCAUUUGCCCACCCCCUCCCUUUCGAAUGACGACGGCGGCCGCAACAGUAAAAAAGAUGUCGUCUACUGAGACCGCGGAUAGCAGUGAUACAAGCAACGAUGUUUCUUAACAAAGAUGAGGAAACGAUCGCACUUCAGUCGGAACUGGAGGCUGUGGAGAAGCAGAUCCAGGAUCUACUAGAGAAGCAGACACGCCUGCGAGAACGAAAAACGGUGCUGGAAACAUCCAGAGCUGAUGCUCGCAAAUCCGCAGUAAGUUUUCAUCGCGAUUUUAAUACUCCUUCCACUUCUACUCCGUGUGUUUCUCUGCACAGAGCCCAGGCUUCGAGAACACGGUCAGCCCAAAGUCAGCCCAAAUGAACUUCACUCCUGCACCGGCACACCCACGGCGAAAGGCGAGAGCUAGGACUGGAGCGAUGAUCCAACCGCCGCCACCGGUCUUCGAGAUCCCGACCAGGAACCGCUUUGCCGCCCUCUGUGAGACGGAAUGCAACGCUGUGGUCAUCGGAGACUCAAUCGUCCGGAACGUACGCGCUUCCUCCACUAAAGGUAAGGUGCGCACUCAUUGUUUUCCUGGCGCCCGUGUUCUUGAUGUCUCUGCGCAGGUACCUGCGAUCCUGAAGGACGAUGAUAACGUCGGAGCUGUCGUGCUGCACGCGGGGGUGAAUGACGUCAGGAUGAGGCAGUUGGAGAUCUUGAAGAGGGACUUCAGGAGUCUGAUCGAGACGGUACGCAACGCAUCGCCCACGGCGAGGAUCAUCGUAUCAGGGCCGCUUCCUACCUACCGACGAGGGAAUGAAAAGUUCAGUAGACUAUUUGCUCUAAAUAAAUGGUUGAUGUCAUGGUGUAUUGAACAGAAGCUGCUCUUUGUUAUAAUUUUGAUCUGUUCUGGGAGCGACCUAGGCUCUUCCGCCCUGACGGCCUGCACCCCAGCAGCAUCGGAGCGGUUCUUCUGUCUGACAACAUCUCAAAGACGCUACGCACCGCUUGACUACGUCUCCCAGCGGUAAGUCAAAACUUCAACCAUAGUCUGUGUUCCUCCCACUCAUCUGUUAGAAAUGUUACUGCUUCCAAAUGCAUAGAGACUGUGUCUGUCCCCCGAAUAAUACUACAAAAUAACAAAAUAGCCAAAUCUCAGAGAAAAAAUCUAAUCGUGAUUAAACCUGAGGACAAUGUAAUAAACGACCAAAACAAACUCAUAAAGUUCGGCCUACUUAAUAUUAGAUCACUAAAUUCAAAAGCAGUUAUUGUAAAUGAAAUGAUCACAGACAACAGUUUUGAUAUACUUUGCCUUACCGAAACCUGGCUUAAACCAAAUGAUUAUUACGGUCUAAAUGAGUGUACCCCACCAAGCUACUGUUAUAUGCAUGAGCCACGUCCGUUGGUCGAGGUGGCGGUGUCGCAACAAUCUUUAGAGACUUUCUUACUGUAACUCAGAGAACGGAGCAUAAAUUUAAAUCAUUUGAAGUGCUUGCGUUGAACAUAAUUGUUCCAAUUGACAGUAAAAAACAUUGCUUUCUUGUACGUUGGCUACAGUGUAUAGACCCCCUGGUCCCUACACUGAUUUUCUGAAAGAGUUUGCGGACUUCCUAUCGGACCUAUUGGUUAACGUUGAUAAAGUACUAAUUGUCGGAGACUUUAAUAUCCACGUAGAUAGUGCUAACGAUGCAUUAGCAGUGGCGUUUACAGAGCUAUUACACUCUUUUGGAGUAACACAACACAUCAAUGGACCCACUCAUCGAUUUAAUCAUACACUAGACUUGAUUAUAUCUCACGGAGCCGAUCUAACCAAUAUAGAUAUUAUACCUCAAAGCGACGAUGUCACUGAUCACUAUCUUAUAACAUGUACACUGCGCACUGCAGAAAUCAGCCGUUUAACUCGUUAUCGACAGGGUAGAACAAUUACCUCGACUACUAAAGAUAGUUUCGCAAAGAGCUUGCCAGAUCUGACUCCUUUAAUAACCAUACCAAUAAAUAUAGAAUCGCUCGAUGACAUGACCAGCAAAUUGGGCACUAUUUUCUCUAAUACAUUAGAAGCUGUCGCACCUAUGAAGUCAAAAAAGAUUAAUGAGAAAAACGUAGCACCAUGGUACAAUAGCACCACUCGCGCCCUUAAAAGAGAACACGUAAACUGGAGCGCAAAUGGAAACAAACCCAAUUAGAGGUCUUUAAAAUUGCGUGGAAAGAGAGUGCAAACUGUUAUAAAAAGGCACUAAAAGCAGCAAAGGCUGAGCACCUCCGUAACCUCAUAGAAACUAACAAAAACAAUCCAAGGUUUUUAUUUAGUACAGUUGCUAAACUAACAAAUAAACAGACUUCACCUGACCUGGGUAUUCCGCCGCACCUUGGUAGCAAUGAUUUCAUGAAUUUUUUUACAGAGAAAAUCGAAAACAUACGAGACAAAAUAGUAAAAACUCAACCUCCAAGUCUGUCCUAUAAAUUAGUACCAACCAUCGCCCCAAAAGAAAGGCUACAGUGUUUUUCACCUAUAAAACAGGAAGAUUUAAUUAAACUUAUUGCAACAUCUAAACCUACAACUUGCUUAUUAGACCCCAUACCAACUAAAUUAUUAAAAGAGUUAUUACCCGUUGCAAUUGAGCCCAUUUAUAACAUUAUCAACUCGUCAAUUAAUCUAGGCCAUGUCCCAGGACCCUUUAAACUGGCCGUCAUUAAGCCUCUUAUCAAGAAACCAAACUUAGACCCCAAUGAA